AGUCUUGUCAAGGCGUUCGUUCCCCUUUGUUGAAUUCACCCCUUCGCUUUUCCAACUUCGCUUCAUCUAACCUUUCUGCAUUGUAUAUAAAAAGCUCAGACCGGAUCAGACCAGACCCAUUUGAAGAAGAAGAAGAAGAAGAGGAAGAAGAAAUGCGCGUGGUGUUCAUAUGCGACGAAGAGGAGAAGGAACUGGGAAGGCAGCAAGCUUCCGGAUCGUGCCCACACUGCGGAGGCAAAGUGGAGGCCGUCGACGUCGAGAGCCACUGGAGACUCUGCCUCUUGCCCGUUUGCUUUCACGUCAAGCGCAAAUAUCUCUGCACUCUCUGCGGUCGGCGUCUGGUCCUGUACCAGUAAUUCGAGGGGAAUGGGGUCUGUCUCUUCUUUUAACCUGUUGGGCGUCCCUGAAAGUUCCUUCUCUGCAUGUUCAAGAAGCAGCAGUUUUCUGCUCUGCGGUUGAACUGGAGGAGGAUCGUGAGGCUCUAGCCUUAGCUUAGCAAAUGACUUGGGGUGGUUCUUUCAUGUCUUUAAUUAAUCUAUCUGAUGAGCUGGUGAUUUUGAUGUAA